GUUAUAAUCUACAUUAAGCUUCAGUUAUGAGAAUCCCAUUGUUUAACAAACUUCUGCUAUUUUCGUCAGGCCAUAAACCGCCACGAAAUUGGCUACUGUUGUGUCUAGUUAGUGUCUGUAUGCUUAUCGCAUUAUUCGGUUCGUCGUCUUAUGGCGGUUUGGACUAUAGUGUUAAUAGUAAUGCAGAACCAAGAGUGUAUACUAAGUAUAGAAGAUUAAAAGAGCAAGUAGAAAGUGAUUAUACAGAGUUAAAGAGUUCUAAGAAUGGUGUAAAGGGGAUUAAGUUAUGUGGGAAAGAAUUAGAGCAUUAUGUACCUUGUUAUAAUGUGUCUGCAAAUUUGUUAUUUGGGUUUAAAGACGGUGAAGAGUUUGAUCGACAUUGUGAAGUAUCGAUGAUGGAUGAGUUGUAUUGUUUGGUUCGUCCUCCACGGGACUAUAAGACUCCAUUGAGUUGGCCUGUUGGUAGAGAUGUGAUUUGGAAUGGUAAUGUUAAGAUUAGUAAAGAUCAGUUUCUUUCUUCUGGAAGUAUGACGAAAAGGUUAAUGCUGCUUGAAGAGAACCAGAUUUCUUUCAAUUCGGAUGAUGGGUUGAUUUUUGAUGGUGUUAAAGAUCAUUCGCGACAAGUUGCAGAGAUGAUUGGAUUAGGGAGUGAUGCAGAAUUUUGGCAAGCUGGUGUGAGAACAGUGCUUGAUAUUGGUUGUGGUUUUGGCAGUUUUGGUGCUCAUUUGUUAUCACUGAAAGUAAUGGCUCUCUGUAUGGCUGCUUAUGAGUUAACUGGUAGCCAAGUUCAGUUGUCUCUUGAAAGAGGCCUUCCAGCAAUUAUUGGCAAUUUCAUUACAAGAAAACUUCCGUUUCCAGCGUUGUCAUAUGACAUGAUUCACUGUGCACAGUGCGGUGUUCUAUGGGACAAAAAAGAUGGAAUGUUUCUUAUUGAAGCUAACCGGAUACUAAAGCCCGGAGGCUACUUUGUAUUACAUGGAACUUCCUUAAGUACCAAUAAAGGAAGCAUGCCUAGCCCUAUUGAAGAAUUCACUCGGAAGAUCUGUUGGACAUUGAUGGCUCAGCAAGAAGAAACUUUCAUCUGGCAGAAGACUACGGAUGCUCAAUGCUACUCUUCUAGCACACAGGGUGCCAUUCCUCUUUGUAAAGAUGAACAUGAGGAUAUUCAAUCGUAUUAUCAGCCACUUGCAUCUUGUUUAGUGGGAACAGCCAGCAAACGCUGGUUUCCCAUUCAGAACAGAUCUUCUGAUUACAGAAUAAGCCCUGCUGAUUUGGAAAUUCAUGGCAUUCAACAGCAUGAGUUCUAUGAAGACUUUGAAUCUUCAAGAUCAGCUUUAAGAAAUUAUUGGUCUUUGCUUACACCUUUGAUUUUUUCCGAUCAUCCUAAAAGGCCUGGUGAUGAAGAUCCAUCACCUCCUUAUAAUAUGAUUAGGAACGUGAUGGAUAUGAAUGCACGUUACGGGGGUAUGAACUCUGCAUUUCUGGAAGCAGGAAAAGCAGCAUGGGUGAUGAAUGUCGUGCCAGUUGAGGCUCGUAAUACACUUCCUCUGAUACUUGAUCAAGGUUUUGCGGGCGUGCUACAUGACUGGCGUGAACCCUUUCCUACUUACCCAAGGACAUAUGACAUGCUUCACGCAAAUGGCCUCCUAUCGCACCUUAUAUCUGAGGAAUGCAGCAUUACAAACUUACUUCUGGAAAUGGACCGUAUUCUACGCCCUGAGGGAUGGGUUGUUCUUUUGGAUAAAUUAGGUCCCAUAGAAGAUACACGUAUGCUUGCUACACAAAUACGAUGGGAAGCAAGGGUAGUUGAUCUUGAGAAUGACAGUGACCAAAGGUUACUAGUUUGCCAAAAGCCAUUUGUAAGAAAAUGAUCACUUUCAACUACCUAAGGCUUGAUUAAUCUUCACCGUGAACCGUUCUUCUGUAUAGAACUCUGGUAAUUAGUCAACAUAAUUCACACAAUAAUGUCCGCGCUCUCACUAUAUACAUCAAUGGCGAUGCCAGAUUUCCAAGGAUGUUCUAUACACCCAAAUUGGGUUUCUUGAGAUUGAGAAUCAAAAGGAAGUGUUAAAGCUGUAAAUUACACAAGAGUUUUUGUUGCCACAUAUCCUUAGUUCUUUUUCUUAUUCAUGUUCUUUUGUCUUUGCAAAGGAAUUGCAGCAAUUCUUUCAAACUCAUUUGCUUGUUUCUUUAUUAAAUUUUGGUAAUUGGAAA